UUGUGAGAUCCCACAUCAGUUGUGAAGGAGAACAACCUCCCUCUAGUAGACGCGUUUUCAAAACCUUGCGGGGAAGCUCGAACGGGAAAGCCCAAAGAAGACAAUAUGUACUAGUGGUGGGCUUGCUUGGGCUGUUACACCUAACUUCUGUGUACCAUGUAAGUAAUGAUAUGAUCAUCUUACUCUAUACAUCCUCCAAGAAUCUGCUUGUUCUACACUCUUAGAUCGUCCCAAUAGGAGCAAUAAUCAUAAAACAGAGUCACCCUUCAAGCUAAUAUAAGUGAAUCAAGUAUAGAACAGACAAAGAAACAAAGGGUUUCAAUAGUAAAAUGAACUGAAAAUACAUAUCAAGUUGAGAUACUGACCAGGUGAAGCGAGUUGAGCGCAGCGGAAUGCAGACCCCCAAGAGCAAUGCAACGAACACCCACCAAGCGAGGAUUCAAAGUGGGCAUAAAGACAGGGUUCUCAUAGCCUAAACAGAGACCGCCGCCGUCGGCGUCGCCUUUACCCCAAGCCGACGUGAAACGAACCGCCGUUCCCGCGGAUUUCUUCAAUACCGCCACCGAGAUGGGCGGAGGAACCUCUGCCGCUGCACAGAAUCCGGUUACCUUUCUUCCAGAUCUAUGGCUCAGCCAUAGAGAUUGGUUGUCUCCUAAUGAAGUCAUCAAAAUCAUCCAACAAAUCAGAGAUCCUCCCGCUGUGCUCGCGUUCAUCCACCAAUGGUCCAAUCGCAAGGACUACAAACCCAACAAAGAAAUCUACACUCUGGUUGUGUCCAGGCUUGCGGAGGGGUGUUUGUUUGAUGAUAUUGAAACAGUGAUGCUGAGAAUAAAAUCCGAAAGGAAUUUUCGGUUGUCCGAUGAAUUUUUCUACCACGUUAUCAAGAUUUAUGGCAAUGUUGCUGGGCGUAUAGGUAAAGCGAUUGAAACCCUUUUCGAUAUGCCUAAUUAUAACUGCUGGCCGAGUGUUAAAACCUUUAAUUUUGUGCUUAAUUUGCUUGUUUCGGCGAAGAUGUUUGACGUUGUUCAUGAGGUGUAUAUGGGUGCUCCUAAGUUGGGGAUUGAGAUCGAUGCUUGUUGCCUUAAUAUACUCAUCAAAGGGUUAUGUGAGAGUGGGAAUUUGGAUGCUGCACUCAAGGUGUUCGAUGAAUUUCCUCAACAAAAGUGUAGGCCAAAUGUGAGAACAUUCUCAACGCUUAUGCAUGCAUUGUGUGACAAUGGUGAACUAGAGAGAGCAUCUGAGCUUUUCUCUAAAAUGGAAAACGAAAGUGUUUGUCCAGAUACUAUAACGUUUAACAUAUUGAUUUCGGGUCUUAGAAAGCAGAAUAGGAUUGAAGAGGCCAUAGUACUUUUGGAGAGAAUGAAGCUUAAAGGCUGCUACCCCAAUGCAGGGACUUAUCAAGAGGUUUUGUAUGGCCUGCUCGACUCGGGUAGGUUGAUCGAGGCGAGGGAUUGUAUGCGUCGGAUGAUUUUGGAUGGUAAGGACCCAAGCUUUGUUUCUUACAAGAAAUUGUUGUCUGGGUUAUGCAAGAAGAAUUUGACUGAGGAUGUGGAUUGGGUUCUAAAGCAGAUGGUUAUGCAAGGUUUCGUCCCGAAAAUGGAGAUGUGGAAAGCGAUUUUACGCUGUAUGUUAGCAGGAAAUGAAGAUUACAGUGAUGCCACUGGUAAAGUACUCGAAAAAAUUGUGAUGCAAUGAUGUUCAUCUCGGUAUAACUGAAAAUCAAGCAGUUUGACAACUGAUAAACUGAAACGAACAUGAGUACAAGAUCGAAGAAUCGGGUAAUGUUAUGGACACGAGUUCAUCAACACUUCCCAACUUAGCUGCUAAUACUGAAGAGCAAAUGAGUUGAAAGUUUCUUAACACAUCCUCGUUGCCAGUC